GUAACUCCUGUAACACAAGUCCGACUUCCCAAGUCUCGGAUCAUCUUUGCAUGAGAGGCAGCGCUGCAGGUACUGAACGCGGUGAGGUUCCGAGAAGAGGGCUGGUAUUCCACCAGUAUCUCCGCGGUGCUCGGGUAUCCUUGCAAUCACACGCGCCCAUUCCGGUUUGGAUCUCACAGAGGAACAACGUAUGGGGCGGAAAUGUUAGCGCACAUAGCCUUCCCCGGCUGCUGUAUUGCAUCUAUCGCCUCCGAGUGAGGUUUGGCGCUCAGAUGCUGCCUUUGGGAUCCCAAGUACGCCGGAUCUCGCUGCCAACUCUUUCCAUCAAUGAUGUGAUCUCCAUCCGAACAUCCAUCCCCCAUCCCCGGUGCAACCGCGGCGCACUAUCGUCACGAGUACAGGCGCCCGAUAUUGGCUAUCGCCCGGGGCGGCGCCCAACAUGCCGUAUAUGGCCGAAUCUCGCCGCAUCACGCCCGGCAAGCAACCCCCGCUCCGUCGCAUCCGGCGCAGGACUGAUUAGAUUGUGCAGCGCAGCACCACUCGCCAAUUGUCGGGUUGAUCCGUGCCUGUCAAUCGGCGGAUCCGCGGCCGCCACAUCAGGCACCAACCACAUUGUGAUGAAUUUUGACUCUUUUGUUGUCUGCAUGUGACCAUCAUGGCGAGCCCCAAAUCCCCUUACGG